UUGUUCAUUCAUCUUUGAUUCUAACUACAAAUCUGUUCUAUUCUAAGCUUCUCAUACACUAGAAAAAGAUGCAUACAAGUGAUGCCAAAAGAAACAAUUUCGACGGCGACGGCGACGACGAUAACGAUAACGAACAAUUUCGGGUCGAGGAUUUGCAAGACUCGACCCAAUCAUCGCCCUCAUGGCGGAAAAAAAUGCAGCCUUUUAGAGCCUUAAGAAGAUACUAUUCAGGGCAAUACUCGUUUACGAGUAGAACUCAAAGAGGAAGUGGCCAUAGUAGCCAUGGAUGCAUCAUUCAUCCCGAUACCGGAUGGUAUGUUUUAUGGAGUCAUUUUGUUCUUCUUUGGGCUGUCUACUCGUCGUUCUUCACCCCACUCGAAUUCGCGUUCUUUCGAGGCCUCCCGGGGGAUCUUCACCUUCUCGACAUCGCCGGACAAUUCACUUUUCUCAUCGACAUUUUCACAACCUUCUUUGUUGCAUACAGAGAUCCUCACUCUCACAUCAUGGUUUAUAAUCGAAACCUCGUCGCCCUCCGCUAUUUAAAAUCGAUGUUUGUCAUCGAUCUUCUCGGAUGCAUGCCGUGGGAUGCCAUAUACAAGGCUUGCGGAAAGCGCGAAUUGGUACGGUACAUGCUGUGGAUUCGACUAAGCCGAGCGAUGAGGGUGACGGAAUUUUUCGAGAAGUUGGAGAAGGACUUACGGAUAAAUUACCUGUUUACGAGGAUCGUUAAGCUGUUCGUCGUUGAACUCUACUGCACGCACACGGCGGCAUGUAUCUUUUACUACCUCGCGACGACUCUUCCUCCGUCGAAGGAAGGCUACACAUGGAUAGGUAGCUUAAAGAUGGGAGACUUUAGCUACACAAAUUUCCGAGAUAUUGAUCUAUGGACACGGUACAUAACCGCGCUUUACUUCGCUGUAGUUACGAUGGCGACAGUCGGUUACGGCGAAAUCCACGCUGUCAAUAGCCGGGAAAUGAUCUUCGUGAUGAUGUACGUUUCGCUCGACAUGAUUCUCGGAGCUUACUUGCUCGGAAACAUGACGGCGCUGAUCGUGAAAGGGUCGAGAACGGAGAGGUUCCGAGACAAAAUGACGGAACUGAUCAAAUGCAUGAAUCGAAACAAGCUCGGGAAGCGAAUGAGCAAGGAAGUCGAAGGCCAUAUUCGAUUGCAGUUCGAAAGCAGCUACACUGAUGCAGCUGCUCUUCAAGAUCUUCCUCUUGCAUUACGCGCCAAGAUAUCGACUAAACUCUACGAGCCGUACAUUAGAGAGGUUCCUCUCUUCAAAAACUGCUCGAAUGAGUUCGUCACGAAAGUCGUGAUCCGAGUGCACGAAGAGUUUUUUCUGCCUGAAGAAGUGAUAGUAGAAGAAGGAAACAUUAGCAAUCAGCUUUACAUUAUCCUCGACGGCAAACUCGAUGAAGUAAAGAAGAACACAGAGGAGACAGAGUCGAAAGAUUCGAUCGGCGAUAUUUCGGUUCUUUGCAGCAUACCGGAGCCUCGUACAAUCCGAGCUGUCGAACUAUCGAAGCUUCUACGUAUAGAGAAGGAAGAUCUUAUAGAGAUCAUCGAUACACACUCAUCGGACGGACGAGCAGUCAUUAAUAAUCUACUUGAGGGGAAAGAUUAUAGCCUUAGGAAGAAGAUUCUGGAGUCUGAGAUUGCUCUGCAGAUUGAGAAGAAUGAAUCUGAGAUAGGCAUGAGAUUGAACUGUGCUGCAGACGACGGCGAUCUUCGUCGACUGCGUCGAUUAGUCGAAGCCGGAGCAGAUCCUAACAAAAUGGAUUACAAUGGCCAAACAUCACUUCAUAGAGCUGCAGCUAAAGGAUAUGAAGACAUUGUUCAGUACCUUAUAGACAAAAAUGUGGAUUUCAAUGUCAAAGAUGAUUUUGGAAAGACUCCACUUUUUGAAGCAAUCAAGAAUGGCCAUGACAGCGUCGCAUUGUUGCUGGUAAGCGCCGGCGCUUCGUUGUCCAUUGACAGCGCGGGGAAUUGUCUUUGCGAAGCUGUUGCGAAGAAGGAUUUGGAGUUCUUGAAACGGCUUUUGGGUAAUGGAAUAAAUCCAAACUCGAAAAACUAUGACCUUAGAACACCGUUACACUUAGCUGCAUCGGAGGGAUUGUACGACGAGUGUGCUUCGCUUCUAGAAGCCGGCGCAAGCGUCACUGCUAGAGACAGAUGGGGAAGAACUCCGAUAGAUGAAGCUCGGAUAGGCGGUAGCCAUGUCCUAAUGAAGCUACUUCAAGAAGCAACCCUUAAAGAAAUGCAAGAACUAUCUUAUCGUCACGAAAGAGUUGAAGAUAAAUCAUUAUCAAGAAGAAAAUGUAUUGUCUACCCGGGAUUUCCAUGGGAUCACAAAGAAAAACAAAACAUGGGAGUUGUUCUAUGGAUUCCGGACACAAUGGAAGAGCUUAUAAAGAUGGCGAAUAAAGAGCUCGAUUUUGACAAUGGCUCGGUUAUCCUAUUGGAGAACGGUUGCCGAAUUGUCGAACCAAGUACGAUUUCGAAUGAGCAAAAAUUGUUCUUAGCAAAUGGUGAACUUAUGAAAUGUGACAAGCCUCAAUAAGUUGCUAUAGGUAAAACAGCAUUGCUAAUGUAAUCAUAUGAUGAUGUAUGAUUUUGAUAACACGAUUUAAUAGCCUGUGAUAACCACGACUUUUCUUUCAA